UUUAUGGAAAAUACCGUUAGUGGUGGAUUAUGUCUGUGUCGGGUUACCAUAGAUUAUCAGUUCAGCCUUGUGUGACCUGCGUUUAGGAACGUACCUUUAGCGGAUGCGGACAAUUCCUUUUCAGCUGAAACAAUUACACUCAGAUUACAUCAAUUGAAAUGACUCUGACAACUGAAUUUACAGAUGUGCCUACUGUGACAAUGUCAGCAGUAAGCAAUGGUUCAUCAUCAACAGAUGACUCCAGUAUAACAAUCAGUGAUGAGUCAGGAUCGAAAAUCAAGAAGAGGGAAACAUGGGGAAGAAAACUUGAUUUUCUUCUCGCUUGUAUUGGUUUCUCUGUUGGUUUAGGCAACGUUUGGCGUUUUCCUUUUCUUUGUUACAAAAAUGGUGGGGGUGCUUUUCUUAUUCCCUACUUGUUGGCUGUGAUACUGGGUGGUGUUCCAGUUUUUUUCCUGGAAGUAUCUCUGGGACAAUUUAUGUCUGAAGGUGGUGUUGGAGCGUGGAAAAUUUGUCCAUUAUUUCAAGGAAUCGGCUAUGCUUGCUCUAUGAUUGUGUUCUUCCUCGACUGUAACUAUAACAUCAUUUUGACAUGGUCCUUUUAUUAUCUGUUCUCAUCAUUUACAUCUGUCCUUCCUUGGUCUUCCUGCGGCCAUGAGUGGAAUUCAGAAAAUUGUACUGAGAUUGACUUUUACCGCAACGCAAGUUUAAAUGCAUUGAACAGUUCAUUUGGGAUAGAUGACAUGAAUUUGCUGCAGUUUAAUGAAACGACUAAUUACAUUGAACGACCCAUUACUCAACUAAGAAAUUACACGAGGCCAAUAGUAAUGGAUCCUAUUACAGAAUUUUGGGAGCGCAAAGUACUGAACAUAUCUGAUGGUGUGGAACAUCCUGGAACUAUUAAAUGGGACCUGGCUUUGUGUUUAUUGCUUGCAUGGAUUGUGGUUUAUUUUUGUAUAUGGAAAGGAAUAAAAAGUUCUGGCAAAGUUAUGUAUUUUACUGCAACUAGUCCCUACAUUCUAAUGCUUGUCCUUUUAAUACGUGGGGUUACAUUGGAUGGUGCUGUUGAUGGUUUAAAGUAUUAUUUAAUUCCUGAUUGGAGCAAACUUUUAAAUAGACAGGUGUGGGUCGAUGCUGGUACUCAAAUUUUUUUCUCUUAUUCUAUAAGUUUGGGUACAUUGACCGCUCUUGGAAGUUAUAACAAAUUUCAUCAUAAUUCAUAUAAGGACAGUAUACUGUUUGCUAUAGCUAACACUUUUACCAGUUUUCUUGCUGGAUUUGUCAUUUUCUCUGUGCUUGGUUUUAUGGCUAAAAGACAAGGUUUAACAAUUGAUGAAGUAGCUGAAUCAGGUCCGGGUCUUGCAUUUAUUGCUUACCCAGAAGCUGUUUCACAAAUGCCAGUCGCUCCAUUAUGGUCUAUAGUAUUUUUUGUAAUGAUCAUUUUGCUUGGAUUAGACAGCCAGUUUGUUGGUGUCGAAGGGUUUAUUACGACUGUAGUUGAUCGUUGGCCCCAACAUUUAAGACGUGGCUAUCGCCGAGAGAUUUUAAUCGGAUUUGUUUGUCUUCUGGCAUUUGCAGUUGGCUUAACUAUGGUUACUAAUGGCGGUAUGUAUGUCUUUCAGUUGUUCGACUACUACCCGGCCAGCCGGAUAGUUCUUCUUGUGGCUUUCUUCGAAUGCGUCGUGGUUGCUUAUAUCUACGGGGUAGACCGGUUCUAUGACAAUCUUGAAAUGAUGUAUGGAUUCAAGUUGAGUAAAUGGAUGAAGUAUUGUUGGAUGUACCUGACACCAGCAUUUACACUGAUCGUCUUCGUCCUGAGUACUAUCAGCUAUUCUGAACUAACGUACAAGAGGAAAGUGAUCGAAUAUCAUUACCCUCACUGGGCGGUAUCUAUUGGCUGGACAAUGGCAUGCUCUUCAAUUAUAUUUAUUCCUCUAGUAAUGUUUAUUAACAUCUACAAAACAAAGGGAUCACUCAAAACAAGAAUUGAAUACUUGCUACGUCCAAUGCUCAAGUCAUACCAACUGCGGCCCAAUGAGGAUCUUACGAAAGUGACGCUAAUCACUCGGUGUGAUUAUGACUGUGAACCAGAAAUUGCUGCAGAAGAAUCCGCUACUGUUCAAAAUCAUUUAAUUGAAAAAUCAGCAGAAGCCAAUCUUGAAAUUGUACCCAAUUCUGAUACUAAAGAUACAAAUAUUUAAUAGAAUUAAAUGUUCUAAAAAAAUUCUAGAUAAUUCCAAAAAUUGUUGGACAAACUCUGCAUAAACUUUAGCUUAACUUCAACUUAACUAGCAAUAGGUUUAAUCUUUCUAGUUCUAGCACUGCAGAUAAACGGCUAUGAAAGAUUGUACACCAUUUUAGUGUCAUGAAACUAUGUCUUCUUAUUCAUUGGGAUAUCAAAAGUAGAUAUUAAACAUUAACAUUAUUCAGAAUAAUUUUUAAAGAUUAUUUUUAUAAAUUUAUUAAAAAAGUAAUUAGAAAUAAAUUCAUUUCAAAUGUUAAUAAUACAGACAUCUGUGUAUAAAUUUAUGUACACAUUUUAUAAUAGACGUGUAUAUAAAUAUAUAUGCACAUCUAAUAUGCAUGUGUGUAUAAAUUUUAUCAAAUCAUAACUGAAUAGUAUUUUCAUUUAAUGUAGAAAUGAAUUAUAAUUUGAAAAAUUAUCACUUCAUUUUUUAAAAAUUGAUUAUUUAAAAUUACAACUUGAACAAAUUUAUGUUAUCUUCCAUCAUAUAACUUUUAGAUAAUGAGUAAAUUUAACCUCAAAACUCUAAUGAGUAUGCAGGUUAAAUAUAAAACCUUUUCAAAAAAAUUGCUACAUUUUUCAUAUAUCUUUCUUAUUAUUGUAAUGAUAGCUCAAGUUUUCAUAUAUUCUUGCAGUAUUGCUUCAGUUGGAAGGAAAAAUUUUUUUUAAAUAACCUAUUAAAUAUUUUACUGAACUUAUUAGCUAUGAAAAUUGUUUCCUAGAAGUAAUUGUACUUCAUUUCUUAAAAAUCACCUGUGAUUCAGAUAACUCCCACAGAUAUAGAUAUCCAUGUCCUUCUUAAUAAAAUAGACAAACAGUUUGAUGACUUUUUUGGCACAUUCAUGCUAGUUUUAUAAUAAUCCCUUCACAAAACUUGACAGCUUUUGAUCAAUUGAAAUCUAAUAUAAUUUCUCUUCUAUUUAGUUUAAUUUAUACUAGAUUCAUCUAAUUGAAAACAAAAUUAACAUUAAAAUUCUAAAAUAUCCUCCAGUUUUAUUUUAGAUAAAGAUUUAUUUAAAAUUCUUUUGAGGAACAUAAUAUUAGAACCAGUUUAUUGCAGAUUAUUAUUGCCUUUCAUCAAUUACGAUAAAUGCCUCAAAUAUCUUUCAUUAAUUUCAUACUUUCAUGCAUUUCAAUUCAGUUAUAAAUAAUUUCUUAUUACUUUUAAUGAAAGACUUAAGGUGUUAAAUUUUACAUCAUCACUGAUUUAUAAACUGAAGUCCGUUAGAUUACUGGGCCAACAAUGUACAUAUAUCAGCUAUCAAGAAAUGCCUAAGACAUGAGAGAAACCAUUCUGUAACAAUGAAUUUUCUUUCACAUUAUUUUUUUCUUUGGAAAUUCUAAAUAGAUAAAAAUCAUUGUUUAAUGUUAGUCUUGUUACAUACAAGUAUGUAUUAUUCCUGUAUUCUUCCAAUAUGCAUACUGCAAUGAUGUCAAAGACAUUGUAUUAUUGAAUUAUCAUUUAUCAAAUUUCAUUUUACAUAAAGUAUAAGUUUUUUUGUUUUUUUUGUUUUUUUCAUUUGAACAUGAUACUUUAAUAACUUCAUAAGGUUUCAAGUUAUUGUCUAAAGUGAUUAUACAACAUUCACCAUUAUUAAAGACAGUUUUGGCAUUUGUUAAUUUCUUAUGCCACAAAGUAUCAAAGAAAACUGGUACAUCCUCAGUUUCUUUUUAUAAGCUAAAAUUGGUCUCAUACUUUACUGUUACUAAGAAACUGAAGCUACAGACUUUAUUAAACAAUGAUAUGAUAAUUAUCUUCCCAAUAUAUAUGGUUUGUUUUAUUUCUUGCUGUUUGUCUUAAGAUAAAAAUAUUUUUUAAUAUUAUAUUGAUUAAAUCCCUAAUUAUUUUGCAUUUUGCAUUGUGACAUGAUGUUUGAUUUAAAAUUGUACAAAUAAAUUUUUAAAUAAUGCUUUUUAUCUUUGGAAUUGCAACAGUGAAGGUGUUAUUUGAUUAAUACAAUUUCCUCAGCUUACUCCAAAUCCAAAAAUGAAUAAUGUCAGUAAUAAAAUUAAAGAAUUUUCUGGUCAGAAAAGGUAAUUCUUUAAAUUUGAUUAAAUUUAGAUUCUUUUAAGAUUUAAAAACCACUCGAACAAAGAAUAUUAUUCCUAUGGCUGUUUAGUUUUACAGCUGUUGCCAGUGUAUAAAAUAAUGCUUUAUUUUCUGCAUAUCUUAUGGAAAAGCUCCCUUUCAUAAAGGUUAGAUAGCAAAUCUGACCUUUAGUCCUCUGACUAUUAUUAUUACUAUUGUUUUUUUAAAUUAAAUUUAGAUAUUGAAUUUUUACAAAUGCUAUAGGUAUAUUUAAAAUAUUUUAGUUUAAUUACAUCAUCAGCUGCAGCUUGUCAUAAUCAUCAUAAUCAGUUAUCAUCAUCAUUGUCAUCACCACUAUAAAAGUCAUAAUUCAUAAUUACUUUCAUUAACUCAUUAUCUUCUUCAGCAUCAUUUUCAUUAUACCAUAUUCUGUCGAGUUCCAAGCAUAUGAAGGACAUUUUUCAAACAGGAGCAGUUUGGAUUUUAUUGUAAUAUAAAGCAUUUGCUUUUUUUGCUUUCAUUUUUUUUUUUUAUGAACUUUUGCAAAUGUAAUUAGUAAUGUUUUAUUUGCUAUGGAUAGUAGUGGGCCAUUAUGAUAGCUGUUUCAUUUUAUAAGUGAUGCUAAUGUAAAAUUGUGUCAGCUCAAGUAUUUUAACUACUAACGAAGCUAAAUAAUAAUUCAACUUGCUGAUUGGACCCUAAUCGGUAUUGACAAGAUAGCAUCGAUGUCUGCUAAAUAUUGCUAACAAAACAAAAAAAUGUAAUAAAAUAUUUUCACUUUUAAAAACUUGUUUUUAAAUUUUAUAGCUGAACAUUUUUUUUUUAAAUCGUUGAAUAAUCUAAGAGCAAUUUAUAUAUUAGUGUAACUUUUUAAAAACAUUAUUUAACUCUUUAAAAAAAUUUUAAGUAGACCCUAUAUUAAUACUAGUGUUAAGGAUUUUGUUUGCAUAUUUACAAAAUAAAUUAGGGAUACAAUCAAGAAUUUUUUUUUAAUUAAUUAAAUAUUUGGUAAUUAACAUUUUGCCCAGUUAUAAUUUUCUUAUUGUUUGAACUUACAUGGUUGAUGCUCCCGAAACAAUUUUAUAAAUACAUAUUUAAGUAUAUAUGUAUGUGUGUAUUUAUAUACAAUUAUAUAUGUAACUUUACAUAAGUGCUUGUGUGUGUGUGUGUGAGAAAGAGAGAGACCUGUCUCUAAGAAAUAAAUACAUACGCACACACACACACAUAUAUAUAUAUAUAAACAUACAUGACAUGUACAUAUAUAUUCAUAUACACAUUUAUAUACCUACUUCAGUGAUAACACCCGUCACUCAAUUUUAUGUGUCUAAAAUGUGCACAUACUGUAUGCAUACACAUGUAUGUACGUACGUGUGUGUGUGGGGGUUUGUGUGCAUAUCAUAAAUGUAUAAAAAGGGUUGUCUGUGACUGCAAAUGUCGCUUAUUUCAAGGUGUGGUCAAAUGGACAGUUCAUACAAGCUUUGAGAAAGUCUAAAAGUCACAUUCAACUCUCAUGUUUAUAGUAAAUUUGACUUGGCAUCCAAUAUUGAGUCUUUUCAUCAGUAAACAAACAUUAACAUUUAUAUAUAUAUAUAUAUAUAUAUAUAUAAGCAACACACACACACACACACAUACAUAUUACCUAUGUGUAUAUAUAUGUAGACACACACAUACAUACACACAUAAUCAUGUGUACAUAUAUAGAUACAUAUACAUAUCUUAUAAUAAUAAUGCUACCAUUGUACUUAUUAUAACAAUCUCACUCAGUUUUCUGUUUUUUGCUUUUAUUUUUCUAUUUUGAGAAUUAGACAGUUUCAAAAAUACAGUUAUGUACACUAUUUUUUAAGCUAAAUAAACCAUUAAAAUAUUUCUAAUAGGAAGAUAUUAGAUUUUCCAAAAAAAAAAAGAAAAGAAAAAGAAAAAAAUGAAGAGAUGACCCUUUGUCUAUCAUUUGUUAUAAUAAAAAAAAAAUUUUAAAGGAA